AUGCCUGUGGCCGACCCAAGUUCAGGCCAAUUCUACAUAUGGAUCAUAGCAGUUGUCUUGUUCAUGGCCGUGACACUCGGUGGGAGCUUCCUCAUAAUGUACCUGAUCCUCCCUCCCAGCCCUUCCACACAAUGGCUCCCCAUUGCAGGAGUCUCCCUCGUUUGCCUCCCUUGGGGAUUUUGGUUAGUCACUUGCAUCUAUCGUGUCGUAUCUCGUACUUUUGGGUUUAGGGUAGUCAUUGGCGGUGGUGGCGGCGGUGGAGGAGGAGGGGGAGGCAACGGAAACAAUAUCGACAAUAUCGGGAUUAGUGGUAGCGGGUCGGAAUCAUCUAAAGGUCUUAUCAGAGAUUCGAAAGAGGAGGCGGAUGACCCAAACAAAAAUCAUCAUUUUGUUAGAAAUGUGGGAGAAAAUGGCAAAAAUGAUAAGGAAGGUGGUCAAGGAAUCAAGCGAGCUUCGAGUUCUGCCAAUGAGGUUGUUGUUGGUUCCAGUGAGAGUGAAAUGCCAUUGACCUCUGGUGUUAAAUCUUGA